CCCAGCAAGCCCGCAAGCCAUGGCCUACCACAGCUUCCUGCUGGAGCCCAUCAGCUGCCACGCCUGGAACAAGGACCGGACCCAGAUCGCCCUCUGCCCCAACAACCACGAAGUCCACAUCUACCGCAAGGACGGGGCCAAGUGGAGCAAAGUCCACGAGCUGAAGGAGCACAACGGGCAGGUGACGGGCAUCGACUGGGCCCCUGAGAGCAACCGGCUGGUGACAUGCGGGACCGACCGCAACGCCUACGUCUGGACCCUGAAGGGCAACGUUUGGAAACCCACCCUGGUCAUCCUGCGGAUCAACCGGGCCGCCCGCUGCGUCAAAUGGUCUCCCAAGGAGAACAAGUUUGCCGUGGGCAGCGGCUCCCGGCUCAUCUCCAUCUGCUACUUUGAGCAGGAGAACGACUGGUGGGUUUGCAAGCACAUCAAGAAGCCCAUCCGCUCGACGGUGCUCAGCCUCGACUGGCACCCCAACAACGUCCUCCUGGCCGCAGGCUCUUGCGACUUCAAGUGCCGGAUCUUCUCAGCCUACAUCAAGGAGGUGGAGGAGCGGCCCAGCCCCACGCCGUGGGGCUCCAAGAUGCCCUUCGGGGAGCUGAUGUUCGAGUCGAGCAGCAGCUGCGGGUGGGUGCACAGCAUCUGCUUCUCGGCCAGCGGCGCCCGCGUGGCCUGGGUGAGCCACGACAGCACCCUCUGCCUCGCCGAUGCCAACAAGAAGAUGGCCGUCGCCUCCCUGUGCACCGAGACCCUGCCCCUCCUGGCCGUCACCUUCAUCACCGAAAACAGCCUGGUGGCCGCGGGCCACGACUGCUACCCGAUGCUGUUCACCUACGAGGAGAGCCAGGGCGCGCUGACCUUCGGGGGGAAGCUGGACGUCCCCAAGCAGAGCUCCCAGCGUGGCCUCACCGCCCGUGAGCGCUUCCAGAACCUGGACAAGAAAGCGAGCUCGGACACCGCCAACGCCACGCUGGACACCCUGCACAAGAACAGCAUCAGCCAGAUCUCGGUGCUGGCGGGCGGGAAGGCCAACUGCUCGCAGUUCUGCACCACGGGGAUGGACGGCGGCAUGAGCAUCUGGGACGUCAAGAGCCUGGAGUCGGCGCUGAAGGAUCUCAAGAUCAAAUGAAGGAGCCAGCCGGGAAGGGCGUCCCGGCUGCCAGCCUGCCCUUGCUCUGCCGCGCUGCCUGCUUUCCCCCGCCAGCCCCCGUGCCACACGAGCCGGCAGCGACGCCA